AUGCCGUACAUAGACUGCACAACGAGUCUGAGUGCGAGCCACGAUGUCCUCACUGAAAGUCUCGAGAAUGAACAAGUCGAGUUGGUCGGCGGCCGCCUUCUGGACUUCCGCCAAGUGACCACUGAAAUCCACGGCCCGUGUGCGAGACUGUGGGAGUGCGCGAUAGUCAUGGCACGUUUCCUCUCAUUCACUAAGGAGGUGUCCGACAAGCAUUUUGCUAUCGAGCUCGGGUGUGGCUUUGGUGCUCCGUCAAUGGCGAUAGAGGACACGGUGGAAAGAGUGGUAGCGACAGACCUGCCGGAAGCUGUGGAAUCGUGUCAAGCUAGGGAGUGGCAUGCGCUCGACUGGGCCUCACCGGAUCUCGGUUGGGUAGAGGACGACUCGAUUGACCUCGUCAUUGCAAGUGAUGUUGUCUAUAAUGUCGAUGGUGUGCAGUUGUUCCUUGACGUACUGAUCGCGUUGCGGCCGAAGUUGAAGAUGGACGUUUGCAUGUGA